UGCACAUUCCCGCCCCAACCUGUCUCUAGUCCCAGCUCCCGGACGGGCACAGAACUCUCAUGGAGCUCUGGGUGAUUCUCCUCUGUACCUUGGUGUCAUCGCUGCUCGGUGGGCUCUAUGUCCUGGGGGUGUUUCGGAGACGGAGACCCAAUGAGCCGCCCCUGGACAAAGGUACCAUUCCCUGGCUGGGCCACUUGCUGGAAUUCAGGAAGGACAGCUCUGAGUUUCUCAAAAGGAUGCAGAGGAAACAUGGGGAUGUUUUCACAGUGCUGAUYGGUGGCUAUUAUUUCACCUUUGUGAUGGAUCCUUUCUGCUUUGGUGCCAUCGUGAAGGAAUCGCGAUCUAAACUGGACUUUACUACUUCUGCAACUCAGCUGGUYGUGCAGGUUUUUGGCUACAAGCCCAUCAAAGCCACUCAUAGCAUAGUUCAUGCAUCAAGCACGAAGCACCUGAUGGGAGAUGGACUCACUGCUCUCACACAAGCCACCAUGGAGAGCUUUCGGAAACUGAUGCUUUUCAGCCUGAGCUCGGGAGACAAGCGAGUGUGGAAGGAGGAAAACCUCUUCCACUACUGCUACAACAUCAUUUUCAGAGCAGGGUACCUGGCUCUGUAUGGCACUGAGCCAGCCCGAGGGGCAGGGAGCGAGGAGAAAGCUGAAGAGCAGGAUUGCCUCCACUCCAACCAGAUCUUCCAUGAGUUUCGGAAGUAYGACCGCCUCUUCCCUCGUCUGGCCUUUGCUAUGUUGCCUCCCAAGGACAAAAGAGAAGCUGAGAGGCUGAAGAGGCACUUCUGGAACGUGCUGUCUGUGAAGAAAGUCUGGCAGAAGGACAACAUCAGUGACUGGAUAAGUGAUCAAGACCAACUUCUGGCAGARAAUGGUGUCCCCGAGUACAUGCGGGAUCGUUUCAUGUUCAUGCUCCUCUGGGCAGCCCAAGGAAACACGGGCCCAACUGCCUUCUGGCUCCUCUUGUAUCUGCUGAAGCAUCCAGAGGCUCUKAAGGCUGUGAGAGAUGAGGUGGAUAAAGUCUUGAGGGAGAGUGGGCAGGAAGUGAAGGCAGGGAGCCCCCCAAUUACCAUCACUAGGGACAUGCUGAGCCGGACUCCUCUGCUGGAUGGUGCUCUGGAGGAGACCCUGAGGUUGGUGGCAGCGCCAAUGCUGACCAGAGCUGUCCUCGAAGACACCAGCCUGAGGACAAGCAGUGGGACAGAGUUCAYGCUUCGCAAGGGGGACAGGUUGGCUCUGUUCCCCCACAUCUCCGUGCACAUGAAUCCAGAAAUCCACGAGGARCCUCACAAAUUUAAGUACGACCGUUUCGUAAACCCAGACGGCACCAAGAAAGAUUUCUACAGAAAUGGAAAGAAGGUGAAAUUUGUCAACAUGCCUUGGGGGGCGGGAGUUUCCACCUGUCCCGGGCGAUUCUUCGCUUCAGCUGAGAUGAAACUGUUUGUGUUCUUGAUGCUGAGUCACUAUGACCUGGAGCUGGUCAAUGAGGAGGAGGAGAUCCCAGCCAUAGACAUCAGCCGCUGGGGAUUCGGGACGAUGCAGCCYGUCCGUGACGUUCGCUUCAGAUACCGGCCAUGCUUUUAAAUUGGGGAGUCCUGCUGGUGUUUGGUGUUACCUGUGGGACAAACUGCCUGAUCCCGUGGUUAUCAGAUCUGUGCACUGCCAACGCUGAUAUGAUCUUGUUUGCUUCAUGUUURUCAUGGCUUCAGCUUUUACCUCCUUCACGUGUGCUGCUGCUCUGUUGUUGUUAUAGAAGUUAAUCUGCACAGAGAGACAGAAUGUGCCCUGCCAGGCUGCUCCCAGCCCCAUCCCCAUGGCCAUCAACCUAUUGAAAGCCCAGAGGAGCGCAGGGCCAUGUUGGCAGGUGGGAACCCAAACUAAGGGUUUCCAAGGAGUAAGUAUUUUGUCCAGGUCCCUCCCAGGGCUGUCCCRGCAGAGCCAUCAGCCCCACCAUCCCAGCAUGACACCCAUGGAGAUGUGUCAUCGGAAACAGCCCUCUGGAUCACCACCUGGGAUAAGGGGGAUUGUGUCAAGGCAGGGGAGAGAUCCUAUUGUGUGUAGGGGAAGAGCAUUUUAGAAUUGUUCAGGUCUUAUAGUAUGGUGUUUUGGGGAGGAACCAAAGGGGGAUGAAGGAUGGAUUUAGGUGAUUUGGGGAGGAAAAUUGAGAUGUAAUGGGAUGAAAAAGGCUGGUUAGAUGCAAAUAGGUGUCUGGUCACACUCUGCACCUGAUCAUUUAUUUUCCAUAUGAAAUAUCAUUAGCAGGAUGGCAUCAGCUUGUGGUGACCCCUGGAAGGUCRGAGAGCAGCAAAUAGCCUCUCCAGAGAUGUAAGAAUUUCCUUGGGAUUUUCAAAUUGUCUUGCCUAUGGUCCCCUUCUUGUAUUUGAUGAAGCCCCCAAGGGGAGCAACCUCAAUCCCUUAURGGCUACAGUCCCUGUGACCUUAUAGCCCUCAAAUAUAUAUUUUAUCUGCUGCAUCAAAGCAGGGUAAAACUUUGCUCUACAAGCUCUACUUUAUUUUAUUACCCUUCAAUAAUUAGGCUCUGCCCACUUCCUUACCGAAGUUAAUUCCUGGCCUUUCCUGCAUGGAGAAAAGUGGAUUCAUUUUCAUGCUGACACUAACCUUGGACCUUGGAGAUUAUUUAUGAUYGAGGAAUGAAACUCAAACAUUUUCACAUAUAUCCAAACAGCAGAUCCMGAUUCUGCUUUGUUUUGCAAAGGGCAGGGUGAUGCUGCAACUGUAUGGUGAGGGCAAACUAUCCAAUCCUGCCAGACCAAUCGGUAGUCCUGACCUCAUGGUGGUGGUGGGAAUUUAGGCAGAAACUAUCAAGCAGUUGUGGCAGAACCAAGGAAAACAAAAACUACCUGUAAGUAGUCACAGUCAGUGACUGUGACAGUUAAUAUUUCCCUUAGCAAUUCYAGCACCUUUUCACUCCUUCCACACUCCAUCUACAGCUCUCACSUACCUUUUUGUCACCCAUGGAUUCAUUCCUCUAAAGCCCUUCUCACAUUCUGGCCAGUGCAAGCUCCAAAUCAUGCCCAGGAAUGCCUUGGGAUAGCUGGGCAGCUUAGAGCCAUCCUCACAUCACUCCAAGGCUCUACGAAAAGGAUUUUUCCGUGUUGAUGUCUUGCAUGGAAGUUGUUCCCUUCUUAUAUACAGUAUAUAUUGGUUAUCACUUGUAAGGACCCCAGGUCAGAGUUGGGGAGUGAGGGAUGUGUGCUACUCAAAUAUCGAAUGGGUUUGGGGAAGGGAUAUAUUAAAA